CCCUUAACAACCCCCAAUAACAAGCAACAACGUCAGUCAGUCAGUGAUGGCAGACUUGAGGGACUAUGCCAUCAUGGAUGAAGCUGUCACCAAGAAACUGGAUAAUGCUUCACGUUUUCCACGCCAUGGUUGGGUGGUUCCCCUUGACCAUAAGUUCCCAGAGAGGAGAGACCAGAGGAUCAGGCCAAGAAUUGGCCAGCUGCCUCAACUGAUGCCGCUGUUCAUGAGGUAUCUAGUGUGGUACUUAUACACGAGAGCAAGAGGUCGCAGACCGUGGAUUGACUGCAUAACAAUGAUGCACGGUAAACAAAUGUAUGGAGUACCUUUGGGUGGUAUUGGGUCGGGAACAAUUGGUCGUGGGUUUCGUGGAGAAUUCUGUCGCUACCAAAUGGUGCCCGGUAUCUAUGAAUACCAGACAGUGAUAGCCAAUCAAUUCAUUGUGACAAUCCGUGAUCCUAAUGGAAACACACUUUACCAGAAAGUGUUAUCAACGCAUCGGAAAUCCAAAAAGGGAUUGGGAUCAUGGGACUGGGGCUUCAGCGGUGCUGAUGGCCUCUACUGUGGACUCUACCCUCGCUCAUGGACAGUCUACAACAUUAAGGAGCAGAGUAUCAGAUUGAUUUGUCGACAAAUUUCACCCGUUAUACCUCACAAUUAUAAGGAUUCUUGCUUGCCUGUUGGCGUAUUUGUAUGGAAUAUAGAGAAUAAUAAUGCUGAACCAAGAGAUGUAUCUAUAACAUUUACCUUCAAAAAUGGCACUGGAGGCAGCGAAGAUAAAAAUGGGGAAUGCUGGAGUGAAGUAUUUGAACAGGCACACGAGAGCACUAGAGUCAAAGGCAUUGUGUUGCAUCAGACUCUUAGAAGUCUUAAUCUCCGUUAUUGUUUAGCUAUCAGGGAGCAGACAGGAGUAUCAGUGUCCAACUGUCCUGGAUUUGACCCUCUUGGACCAGGAGACACAAUUUGGAAUGAUCUGAAGCAGGAUGGAGAGUUGGGCCCAAAUGAUAUACCAUUAACCAAAACAAGAAAGGGUGAAGAAAGAGCAGUUGGAGUUUGUGGAAAAUGUAGUAUUAGUGCAAAUAGCUCAGGAAUGGUUGAGAUGGUCCUAGCCUGGGAUAUGCCUCAGAUUGUAUUCAAGAGCAGAGGAGUGACACACACCAGACGAUACACCCGAUGGUUUGGUGAUGAGCACACAGCAGCACAGGAGAUGGCAGCUUAUGCUCUUCACUGGUAUAAGCAAUGGGAGAAUGAUAUUGAUGCUUGGCAAAACCCUAUCCUUCAGGAUAAAGGUUUACCAGACUGGUUCAAGAGUGCUGUGUUUAAUGAGUUAUAUUUCAUAUCAGACGGUGGAUCAGUUUGGCUAGAGAUGCCCCAGAAUGCAAACACUUCAUUACCCACAUACGAUUCACGCCCUGAAUAUGGUCGAUUUGCAUACCUGGAAAGUCACGAGUAUCGGAUGUACAACACUUAUGAUGUACACUUCUAUGCAUCAUGGGCACUGGUGAUGCUGUGGCCUGAACUGCAGAAGUCACUACAGUAUGACAUGGCUCAAUGGACAACAUCUGCUGACCUCACACCACGUACUCACCUGUUCCGGGGAAAUAAAGGAGUCAGAAAGUUGGCUAAUGCUGUUCCUCAUGAUGCUGGUGACCCUGAGGAUGAACCAUUUGUUCGAGUUAAUGCCUACCAAAUACAUGACAUCAGCUUUUGGAAAGAUCUCAACCUAAAGUUUGUUUUGCAGGUUUACAGAGAUUACAGUUUCUUUAAAGACCAAGAUUACAUAACACACAUGUGGCCUGUCUGCAGAGCAGUGAUGGAUCGUUGCUUUACUUACGAUCGAGAUGGUGAUGGCCUAAUUGAAAAUGAAGGGGAAGCAGACCAAACAUAUGACUCUUGGAUUAUGCAUGGGCCAUCAGCUUACUGUUCAUCACUGUGGGUCGCAGCUUUGGCUGCCAUGGUGGAGAUGGCAGUAGAACUAAAGGAUCAGCCUGAGGAAAGCAAAUUUUCUGAAGCUCUUGCAAAAGCCAAAAUAGCACUUCAAGAAAAAUUAUGGAAUGGUAAAUACUACAAAUUUGACUACUGUGAUGCACCACACAGUGACAGUAUCAUGGCAGACCAGCUGGUAGGACAUUGGUAUCUCUCCCUCUCUAAUAUAGGAAUUGAGGUCUUUCAACAUGACUGUGUGAAAUCAGUCCUGGAACUUCUGUACAAAUACAAUGUGCAGCAAUUUAAUAAUGGAGAAAUGGGUGCAGUUAAUGGUAUGAACCCAGAUGGUAGCAUUGAUCGCUAUACCAUGCAGAGUGAAGAAAUGUGGGUAGGCGUCACUUAUGGGUUGGCAGCAACCAUGAUUUAUGAGGGCAUGGUAGAAGAAGGAUUUAAAACUGCUGAAGGAGUGUAUCGCACAGUGUAUGAGAAAAUUGGCCUUGGGUUUGAAACUCCUGAAGCUUUGUAUGGUGAGCAUAAAUACCGAGCUAUUGGAUACAUGAGACCUCUGUCCAUAUGGUCCAUGUAUUAUGCAUACCAACUGCAACAGAAAAAGAAAGCCACAGAGAUUAUAGGAUUGCCCACCAGUAGAAGCCCAUCCCCUGUAUUGUCAGUCAGAGAUACUGGAGAUGUUGCAGUAAUAUCAGACUCUUCAAGUGAUGUGUCAUAAUGAUUAAUUCAAGUGUUUUAAUUUUUAGUGUUCUUUUAUCUACAUAGUUUUCUUUUAUUCAGUAACUUUUAUUGGGAUUGAUCAUUCUUGGCUACAAACCAUGGUACGGGUGGGGUUUGAAUCCAUGGCAAGCGAGUUGUUAAACUCAAGGGCAGUGCAUAAACCACUGAGCCAGCUGGCUACAAUAAGAUUCAUCCAACUAGGUAUAUUUAUACACUAUAUGGGUUCAAACCCUACCUGUACCAUGGUUUGUAUGCAAUCGUGAUGUGAUUUCAUGAGUCAUGAUAGCGGCUUUGAGGGGACUUGAGGUAGAGUUUACCACAGCCACGCUGGCGAGAGAUUCAUCUGUAAAAGCUUGUAUUUGUGGUUACAGUGGUGGCCUGUACUUACCUCCCUACCUGUACCAUGGUUUGUUAUUAUGAUUUUGCGAGUCUUGCAUACCACAGUAUGCAUGAUAUAUAUACAUACUGAAAUUUUAUUUUGUGAGAAUAAUGAAAUGGACAAUAAUGUGUGUACAAUGAAAGAUAGAUAGUAUAUAAUAUGAUAUGAUAGAGAUACGAACACUGGUGUACGGUAUUGCCAAAGAUGAUAACUCUCUACAGAGUUCCUCAGUUUCUUUGCAGUGGAGUAUAUAGUUGUAUAUGUUAGCUGAAGAGCUACAAGCCACUCUACACUGCCAAUGCCAACUGAGCACAAGCAGCUUUAAUAAAUGAAUCCUUUUUAUAACAGAGAUUCUUUUUUAUAAUUUUUGAAACCAGUAGCCUUGGCAUGCUUUUAUGUCAAGUGUUUUUCAUAUUUACUAUAUUAUAAGCUGAAUUAGUGCAGCUAUAAUGUAAAGAACCUCAAGUUGGGUGAGAGGUGUUUGUGGGGUAAUGUAAAUACUGCUUGUAUGUACUUUAUUUUAAGCAUUUUUUUUUAAUGUUUAAUUUUAUUGAAUGUUAAUGCAAAAAUUAAAUUUACCGGUAGUGAUGUGGAGAGUAUGCUAAUUUGCACCAAUUAGUAUCCAUAUACAUGUAUUGGCAAGACAGAGAUUGAAUGAAUGAUGGUGAAUGUGUUUCCUCCUUUGGGUUACUCUGCCUUGGCAGGAAAUGGCAGUUGAGGACAAAAAAUGUAAUAAAGGCAGAGGAAGCCCCUGCCAUUUGCAAAAAGUUACUUUCCAUGAAAAUUCAGCAACUGGCAAAGCUGCAAACAGCAAAAACAUUAUUUAAACUGUAAGGAUCUUCAAGAUCCUUUGCUCUGACUUUGAAAGUUGAGGCAAACAUCUGGGGAUGGUUGAUGUUGAGUCCAGGAGAAGCAUGGAGUACAUUGUGAUCCUCAGCUUGAUUCUGAUGGUGGAUUGGUAGCCCUUGGUUGAAAGAGAGGGGUAAUUUCAAGUUACUUUACUUUAAGAAUUAGUCUUUCUGAAGCUCCUUAGAGAGAGCUGUCCUAGUGAGCAAAAGGGCAGAUGUUCUGGUAAGUGAGAGUAAAUAAAACACUUGUGCAUCGCUUGGCAAUCUUUAUUCCCAUGUGUUGCCCUUAUCUUGUCAGUUUUCUAAGCCAUUUAUUCAAAAGUGAGAGAGUACAUGAAUGGGAAGGCAAGAUGACAGGUGGAAGGGCAAGCCAAUGAGAGGAUGGGCAAGCAAGCAAAAGAUACAAACAACCUAUGAUCACCUCACCCUCCAUCUUGGGGAGAGGCAGCAAAGUAGAAAGAGAGGAUGGGGAUUUGGGAGUAGGUUGGUAGUUUUGAAUAGUAGUAGUAGUAGUAGCAGCAAUACUGCUGCUGCUGCUGCACAUGCAUGUAGAAAUUUAGGAAGAGGAAUUUGAAAGAUAUGCUAGCUUCUGUUUUAUGAUUUUGCAUUAGAAUAACAGGUUUUAGAGGUGAGACAAAGCGUACAGUAUUUAUUAAGUAAUUUUUUAUACAUAUAUUUGCAUUAAAUCUCUGUAAACUGUGUUUGUUUAAGGCUGAGUAGGAAACAGCUUCAGGUUCAGGUAGAUUUGCCAGAACAGGUCCUGGCCCAGGUCUUCUCCAGAAGGUAAUUUGUACCCUCAAGUCAUAUCCAUACAAGAGGGUGAGAGUUGCAUUCGGCAAUUGUUGUUGCGGCUACCACACAACAAGCUGUUAAAUAUUGUAUUAAUUCCUUUGAUCAGUUCAUGCAGGCAAUACAUCCUUGGUAGCUAGGUAGCAUCAACUGACACACCUGGCGUAGCCUGACUGAAGCUAGUUGAGUACAGUUUUCUGUCUCAUGGUUCAUUCUUUAAAUGUACUCUCAUGUAUUUUUGCACCAUUUGCGAAAAGUAAUCAAGUGUGGCUAUACACAGGAGCAAGUGGUCAGUGUACAAGUUGAGAAACUGGAUUGUUCUCUCUAAUUGCAUUAGUAAUGACUAAUACAAGUAGAGAAACUGGAUUGCUCUCUCUAAUUGUAUUAGUAAUGACUAAUAAUGUAAUCCAGUGCAGUUAUUAAUCCUAACUGUAUUUGUGUUUGUGUUUUUUUUUAUUUUUUCAAUGUGCCGGCCGUCUCCCACCAAGGCAGGGUGACCCAAAAGCAAGAAAAAACUUAAGUUUUUUAUAUUUAUUAUCAUUAUUAUUAUUAUUAUUAGUAGUAGUAGUAGUAGUAUUUAACCCUUUCAGGGUCCGUCCCGUAGAUCUACGGCUUUACGUUCAGGGUCCAAACCGUAGAUCUACGCCACGAGCUCAGCUCACUCUGAUAAACUGUGAGUGGUACAUUUGAGCCUAGAUAUGAGAGAAUACAUUUAUGUGGUAUGUGUGCACCACAUAAAACAAAUCCUGCAGCACACUGUGUAUAAUGAAAGAAAAAACUGAGACCAUGAUUUUCGAUUAAAACAGCGACUUUGCAGUGUUUUUCGUAUGUUUUUUAUAGUUGUAUUUGCGAUUUCUUGGUCUCAUUUGAUAGAAUGGAAGACAUAUUACAGAAAUAGAGAUGAUUUUGAUUGGGUUUAACACUGGCAAUGGCUUGAAACUGAGCUCAAAGUAGCGGAAAUGUUAAAUUUUUGCCGAUGUUCAAGAGUAAACAAAUGAUCUCACAUGUCUAAUACACGUCAGCUGGUGGAUCUAAUAUACAUUCACAAAUGUGGUGAUGAUAUUUAUACAAUUAUUACAAUAUCGCAUAACAGUAAAUCUUCUAUUUUUUGGUGUGAAUAAAAAUUCAUUAUAUGAAUAAAAAAUUAAAAUGGAAUUUAUUUGUAAAGCCUCAAAACAUAACUAAUGAACAGAGGAAAUUUUAGUUUAGUGCCAGGAAUACCUACAUUGUUUAUUCUGGACCCUAUUUUGAAAUUGGAAUAUUUUGAACUUAAUGUUAAAUUGGCCGAAUUAACAAUUUCCGAUCACUUUAAUUUGUAGUUGAAACAGUUGACUUGGCGAUUUUGGCCUUGGACCCUGAAGGGGUUAAUAUAAAUAUCCCUGUGAUGCAAUAUGUUUACUGAAAAUUCAACUGUGCUAUAUACAUAUUGUCAUAGUCUUAUAGAACAUGACUUUUAUAGCUAUUUUAUAGCAGUUUGGAAGGAUAUGUUGUGUAUCUUUAUAAGUAUAUGCUUCUAAACUGUUGUGUUCUGAGCACCUCUGCAAAAACAGUGAUUAUGUGUGAGUGAGGUGAAAGUGUUGAAUGAUGAUGAAAGUAUUUUCUUUUUGGGGAUUUUCUUUCUUUUUUGGGUCACCCUGCCUCGGUGGGAGACGGCUGACUUGUUAAAAAAAAAAAAAAAAUUCUGAUGUGUAUAUUAGGUAAAAGAAUUUAAACAUUGUUUGAAAAUUCUGAGUUAAGAUUUUUGAGGUCUUAAGAGUAACUAAUGUUUUAUUUAUUUAGCUGAUAAAAUGUUAGCAUCAUAAUUACGUGUUCAUUUCUUGGCUGAAAAUUUUUAUAUUGUAUCCUGUGCUGAAAAUUUGUUUAUUGUAUCCAGUAUAUGUAAUUUUCCAAACAUUGUUGUGGUAAUCAGUAUCCAUCAGUAGUUAAUUUCUUUAGUUAUAAUUUUUAUAGUGCUAUUUUCUAUGUAGUAUGUAAUGCAGUACAUAGAGUACUGUUUUAGUCACUUUAGUGAGUACUAUACGCUUAGUAGAAGUUUUAUAGCAGUUGGUUGUUGAGAGAGAAUAUGUCAAGAUAUCUUGUACCUUAGUAGAAGCACUUUUAGUUUCAUCAAUACACCUGUGACCUGUUUCAAGUUUUACCAUCCUUACAGCUUGGCCUGAGGUCAAGCUUUUCUGCUCACUGCCUGUUCAACCAGGCUGUUGCUGUUGGCUGCCCACUGGUCCACACAGUCAUCAGUCUGAUUGAUGUGACUCUUGGAAGAAGUAGUGAUUUAGUUUCCUCUUGAAAACUUUUAUAUUUGUUUCAGUAACAUUUAUAUCUGCUGGAUGUUGACAUAGUGUUUUCUUAUUGUACCCAUAGUAUCACUUCUUUUCAAAUAUCUCUAUGUAUAUCUUAUCUGGUAUCUCUGUAUGCUCCUGAGAGAACAGUACUACUGAACAAUCUCAGUACUUUGAAGUAUUCCCAGUAGUUUAAAUGCUUUAUUGGCUCUAUGUCAUCUUUAAACAACCUCUCACAUUUCCAGAUCUGAUAUAUCUCUUUCCUUGAAUGAAGUCAUCAACAUUGAAUGAUAUUUUAAAGGAAAGUGCAAGUAAUUUUAAUAGUGUCACCAUUAGCAUUAUUUCUUUUGUCUUGAUAGUUCUCAGGACAAUUUUCCAGAUAAUACCUGAUAGCUCUUUAUUUUGGCCCAGUCAGUUCUCUGAUUUUCUUUUUAAUGAACUGGCAGGGUUACCUAAAAAGAGAAAAAGAAAGUUUUUCCCUUUAAAUUCAGUAAUUUAUACAGAAGGGGUUACCAGCCCCUUGCUCCCAGCAUUUACAUCGCCUCUUACAACACACAUGGCUUACGGAGGAAGAAUUCUUUUCCACUUCCCCAUGGAGGUAAGAAGAAACACACAAGAACAAGAACCAUUAAGAAAAUAGAAGAAAAACCAGAUGGGUGUGUAUAUAUAUGCUUGUAUAUGCAUGUAUAGUGUGAGCUAAAUGUAAGUAGCAGUAGCAAGAUGUACGUGACACCCUAUGUGUUCAAUUCUUUGAUUAUCGAAGUUAAAUUUACUGAAUAUCCCUUCACAUUGGCUAUUUUGGCAAUUUCUUAGGUUCUUUAUGCAAAGAUUUGUACUUGUCUGUACUUCAUUGAGAUUAUGAGUAGAGUAUAUUAUAUAUAAGAUUAUUACAUUUCUAAUUCUUCAUUGUUCAUGAGGAUCAAAUUGUGCAUUUUCAUUUCUAGUAAGUUCUGUUAUAUAUUGGUUCAAAGCAAAGUUUUCACAGUGCCCCAGUAACCUCUGGUAUAUAUGCGGUGAGCUAACAUGCUUCCAAAUACUAUUUCUGGUACAUUGUUGUUGUCUAACAUCCUCUUUAAAAUUUAGAAAAUCGAAGUCUCCGAGGAGGAUAAUAUCUGGUGUUGGAUUUUCAAAGCAGUUACCUUCCUUAUCUACUACAUGAAUUCCUCUUGUCAUUGAUGCUGGUGGUUUAUGUACAAGGAUAAUUACCAGAUUCUUGUUCUCUACUCUUACCUAUCACUAUACUUCUAUUGCAUCAUUUGAUGAUAAAAUAGAAGUACAUGUACUGUGCAAAAUGAAUCUCUUGUAUAGUCUUAUUAAUUUGCAUGACUUAUUUACUCACAUCAUCAUACAUUAUAGUUUUGCACCCAUAUCUCUCUGUCCUAAACAUCCUGUUUGUUUUUAAGCAAAUGUUAGCAAGGGAAGAAAGAUGUUUUGGGUUAUCUGGCUUUGUUAAUACUUUUGGUAUAUACACGUACCAUCUUUUAAUAUGACAAGAUGUAUAUACAUAUUCAUGUUCUCUCCAAUGCUGGUUGUACUGUGAUCUGUUGUAGAUUUAACUCUGGUGUGUGGAAAAACUUGUUUGAUGUUUUUCACUCUCAUAUUUCUAUGUAGUCCCUUUUUUUUUCUUGUUUAUCUUUUUUUUUUUUUUUUUUUUUUUUUUUUUUUUUUUUAAUCAGUAUUGUACUCUACUGUGUAAUGAGGAAAAGAGGGUACAAUUUUCUUUUUAUUCUGGUAUUUGAAUGUCAGAUACUCUUCUUUAAUUCAUAAAUCACUGGUUAAUUAUUGUUAUUGUUUUAAAGAAUCUGCAUUACAACAGAGUACAUAGUAUAUGUUAAGUAAGUAAACAAAUAGGAAAAAUGUUCAGUCCAUACAGUAUAUAGUAUAGACAUUCAUUUGUCUCCUUUGACUGUAUGACCCUUGUGGGUUUAGUGCCUUGUUUUUAUUGUAAUAAUAAUUGUCUCUUUUGAGGUCACCAAAAAAGUAUCGUAGUAUAUUGCCAAAGUUUUCUAUGAUAGCCUUAAACUUCUGAUUAAAUUUAUUUAAGUGUCAUCAGUUGUUAGUUACAGAGCCUUCUGUGUCUCUUGGGUAGCACCAUGACUAUUAGCCCUUGACCAUUCCUUUAAGUUCUGUAAAUCCCCGACUGUGUUUCCCAACUUUAUUGAUAAUAAUCACAAUGUUCCCUCCUUGCUGAUGAUUCACACCUUGCUGCCUUACUUGCUCCAAGGAGCAUUUCUCCUAUCCUCAUCAGUGUCAUUGGUCCAUACAAGAAUUUGAAGUGUACUGCUUGAAUGAGGACAUGACAUAUGGCCAUGCCUUAGUCAAUCUCCAACAAAAUGAACAUUUGCCAGCACUCUCUUAUUCUCUCUAACUAUUGGCUAUCCUCACUUCACUGUUGUCAGUUAUGGGAAAUGGUGCUCCUGCACUUAUACAUUAGUCAUGUCUCGCUCUCUAAAAUGCUGGGAGCAUCGGGCUAGUAACCGCUUUUCAUGUAUAAAUUACCAAAUUUAAAAAGGAAAACUUUCAUUUUUCUUUUUAGGUCAUCCUGCCUCAGUGAGAUAUGGCCGGUUCAUUGAAAAAAAAAAAUUCUCACUCUUCCAUAGUCACCUCAUGGAGGAGGACCCUGUUCCAAUCAGGAUUGCUCUGUCAAGCUGACAGUUAAAUCCUUUUGAUAUGUUUUUCCCAUUGAUUAGAAAGCAUGUUUUCAAUGACCUCCUAUACUUUUGCUCUACGCUCCUUUUUUUUUUUUUUAAAUUAUUGUACUACCUUUGAUGUAGAUUUUGUCUAUGGCUUUUUGAUAUAUUGCACUAUCUGUUUACUCAUUCUGUUUUUAUGCCCAUCAUGACCCUUAUGGGUUUAGUGCUUAGUUAUGAUUAUAAUAAUUUAUACCCAUUGUCAGCACAUCUUUUUGACCUAUAAUUUAGGCACAUCUUUAUUAUGCAGCAUUGAAUGACCUCCACAGACCUAGUGCUUUCGUGAAGAAUAAUAAUAAUAUGAGGAGUUAGUAUUGUUUUAUAAUAAUAGUAAACUAACUAGUGGCAUGGUGGUUGGGGAUCAGUUAGGCUGCCUAGGCCCUAGUAGAAAUCAAAACCUAACUUACCAACAACUGUGUAUUGUGUACCAAAAGACUGUCUCAUACACAAAAAAAAAAUAUUUGAUGCACAAAUUAGUAUAACACAAUAGUGAAGAAAAAAGUUUUUAUUGUUGCAUUUUGAAUUUGAAGGUUAGUAGGAAAGUAAAACUUUUAGUAAGUGGUUACAGAUACAGUACAUGUAUACAGGUACAGUAUAUGCAUACAAGUACAGUACAUGUAUACCUUCCACCACACCACUGUUGUCAUGAACUUGUGUUCAUGGGGAAGCACUAAACCUGUAGGAACCAUACAGCAUCUGGGCAAUAGGAGGUAAUCAGGGUUGAUCCAAGGAAUGAUAAAGCAUCUCCCUCUUUUUUUUUUUUUUUUUGUGACAGUAAGGAGGUUAUUGAUCUACAGAACUGGGUUUAUCCUUUCAUUCCUUGGAUUGAAACUGAAUACAUGUACCUCCCAUUCACCAAGUGCUUUGAGACCUCUACAGGUUUGUCUCCAAUUAUUAUAAUCAGUAAGAAGGGUUUAUCUCCAAAGAAACAUUGUUUAUUCACAAGUCAGUACAACCCUAUGCCCCCCCUCAAAGGGGGUUCCUUGAUGGUGGUGAAGAACUCUUGAUCCAAGGAAGUAGAGCUACCCUCUUUAACUUAAUUAUAUCCCAUUCCCCAGAUGCUAUAUCACUCUGACAGGUUUAGUAUUUUCAAUUAUUAUUAUAAUUAUGGGGGAGCACUAAACCUGUAGAAUUAUGAAGCACAUGUGGAGGAGGGAUGGAAGGUAUUCAGCCUUAAUUCAGGGAACUGGAGCACAGAUCCAAUUCCCUAGAUCGAGAGCCCCUCACCAGUGUCAAGGAAUCUCCCUUGAGGGUUCAGUAUUUUCAAAUAAAUAUGAUAGUACAGUACAACCUCAUUUUAUUGUAGUGAUGUAAGCUGACAAGAUGACAACAUACAGUAUUAUAAUGGGCAUCUGAAAUUAUUUGCACCUCAGUAUUUAAAUAUAAUUUACAAGCACUUAUAUAAAUGACUUUGUCCAUUAGUUUUAUAUACUAAACAAUAUUUUUCUACAUAAUGCAUAUUUAUUAUUUAUGUGAAAGCAUUUGGGUUUGAGGAGUGCACAGGCUUAUGUCAAAUCUAAGUGGUUUUCUUAGAUGGAAAUACUUCAGAGGUUAAGGAACUUCAGCAGUAUUUUUUGUCAAGUCUUUUGAGUGAUAUAACAGUUUAUGGUAUAUUUGGUUUAUAUUUAGUUUUAUAUUUUGGUACUGUAUAUAUGUGUAGUUAUUGCUAUCUUUUAGUAUAUUUGUAGUUACUGCUCUCUUAGGCAAUAUUGUUGCAUUGUAUAAUACGUAUUUCUUAAGUAAGGGUUUAGUGCAGUAUUGUGCUGUACUUUUUAUGUCAUCAGUAUUUAUGAAGUUGCAUAAAAGUUGUAAAUCAUAUAAUUUUUUAAUAAAUAUACUAAGUACUAAAAUUUGUGUACAUAUUCGUGAUUGCCAUCACUAUCUGUAAGUUGCCAGAAUGCUUGGUUAAUAAAUGACUUAUGUGGAAUUUAAUAACCUGAGAGUUUCUCAUCAGUUUGGUUUUAUAAGGGGAUCAUUCCACCAUCGACCUCUUAUUCUGCCUCAGUACAUGCAUUCAGAAACACAUUCACAGGCAACCAUGCAAUCUGCUAUUUUUUCAAUCCAGAGAAAGCUUACAACACUACCUAAUAUUACAACAUUUUGAAACAAUCCCAUUCAUUAAUCUAAUGAGGCAGUUUACCACUUUUCCUUCAAAGAUUUUUCUAUCAGAGAGGAACUUCAUUCUUCAAUAUAUAACAGCCUUUUUCCUGACUGUGCAAGUCCAAGGCAUUCUACAACACUGAGUCCUCAGUACUAUGAUAUUCCUGAUAGCCAUCAAUGCACUUUCCUCAGUUCUUCCUACACUUAUCUAGUCAUUUUUGUGUGUAUGCUGUCACUCGUGCAGCAAUAGAUUGUUUGGCUUGUAGCAACCGCUCUCUAAUGUUGUAUCACUUGUGCUGCCACAUGGGCCACCUUAUGUAGUUUCAAAUAUGUUAAUAAUAAUAUGUCUUUAUUUCUACAAGUACAUAUACAAGGUAUACAGGCCUAGCUGACAUCAAUGACAUACUAUUAUAUAGAAAAUCCCUUGUUAUGCAGAGCAUUUCAGACAAACUAGGCCAGUGUUGUCCCAGGAUGCAGCCCACACCAGUUGACUAACACCCAGGUACCCAUUUUACUAAUGGAUAAACAUAGACAGCAGGUGUCUUAUGGAAACAUGUCCUAAUGUUUUCCAGCCAUACUAGGGGAUCGACCCCCAGACCUCAGAGUGAGGUGAGUGCACUAGCGAUCAAGCUACGGGACACCUUAACUUGAUAACUUUCACUCCAUGCUCUAUCAUCCCACAGCCUAUUUUUUUUUUUACUUGCUUGGUUGCCUUAUUCAAGUGAAUGAUAGAUCUCAAUUUCUUGGUCUUAUCCUUAAUUGUCUAAUAUAAUUGAAGUCUUAUAUCAGCUCAGUAAAAGCAACCCUAGUCAACUGAAAAAUGGGAAAUCAUUUUUCUUGGGUAGCUGAUAGAAAAAAAACUCCUCAUUGCCUUCAUUCAAGACUGAUCUUGUUUAAGGUAGAUUAAGGAGACUAGGUACAGUAGUAUAUUCUUCAGCUUCCUCAUCCCCUUAAUAAACUUAAUGCUAUUCAUUGUUGUAGAUUGUUUAUAUCUAGGGGAUUUUCAGUCUUUCUCAGCUGAGAGCCUGUAUACAAAAGCAAAUGUCCCUUUGCAGGAUCAAUGUGAUACCCAUUACCUUCAUUAUUUUAUUCUCUUUCAUGACCUUUACGAUCCUCUUACAUACGGAAUGAUCACAUCAGUAAGAUUAAUUCAUCUAAUCAUAGACUCCCCAUAUUUUGGCUUUUCAGUCUUCAUGUUUGAUCUCUGGCAACAUCUCUUACUCUCUUUUUUUUUUACAUGUUGGCUUUCUCCCACUAAGACAGGUGUGACCCAACAAAGAAAACACUUUCACCAUCAUUCACAGAUAAUCACUGUCUUUGCAGAGGUGCUCAGAUACGACAGUUCAGAUGUCACUCCAAAAAGAAAAUAUCCCAAACCCCUCCUUUAACCCAUAAACGGUCCAAACGUAUAUAUACAUUUUUUCAACAUUUGAUAGUAUGUAAAAAAAGUAGAUCUUCUUUUUUUUUACAUUUGAAAACGUGUAAAAAAACUUUGAUCUACAUUUUUUUUUUUUAUAUUUGAAAAUAUGUAAAAAAAAAAUAUAGAUCUGCUUUUGGAGCACUACGCAUGUGAAUGUAGAUCUGCUUGGACCAUUUACGGGUUAAAGUACAGGCAUUGUACUUCUCACCUCCAGGACUCAAGUCUGGCUAACCAGUUUCCCUGAAUCCCUUCACAAAAUAUUACCCUGCCCACACUCCAAUACAUGUACAUAGUUCGUUAAGCCUCUUAAUAUACCCCUUUAUUUUUCUUUAAAUCACACUAGCUAUCUCCCACCGAGGUAGGGCGACCCAAAAACGAAGAAACUAAGGUUUUUCUUUCUUUCAUGUUUAGUAAGUUAUACAGAAGGAGGUUACUAGCCCUUUUCUCUUACCCCCUUUAUGUAAACCUCACACUUUUCCCUUCCUCCUUGGAAAAUUUCAACAAUUCAUUUUCGUUCUUCUUUCCUGGAGACACUGAGCAUUCUUACUCAGCUGCUUGACCCACUAUUUCAUGACCUACCAAUCUUCCACAAGGAAGAGUCCCUUUCUUGGAUGAUUUUCCAUUACUCUCUCAAUCUGAAACCACUAACAAUAAUGUUGGUCCUAGUUAGAGCACAACAAACUAUUUUUGUUUAAAUUGGAAAUUAAUUCUUGGCCAUCUAUCUAUCAUUGCCAGGUAUGGGAAAUCAUCUUGCACUGUUGCAAACUGGACACCCAUUGCCCCACACACUGAUAACAAAUGGAGAAAUGCCCAGCACUUUACUGCAAACACUACCAGGUCAAGCUUUCUUUGGCUAUGCCUUAAAAGACUGUCCUAUCUAUCAAAGCGCACACUGAAUUCACUUUUAACAUCUGUUAUGCCUUGACAUGCUCACUUUAACUUACCCGAUUGCCGAGAGUUCCACUUGCAAUGCAGACUCACUUUUUGACAUUUUAACAGAAACCAACCUAGUGCACAAACUCUGACAUUGAUUUUACAUGUGCAGUAACCUAUUUCUCCAAACAUAGUCACCACUCAGCAGUGUUGUAUGAUCCAUAUGAGUUUAUUAAUUAUUUUAUAAAAUUAUACACAGGUAAUUCAUAUGAUAAUAGAAACAUUUCUGAUUUUCAACAUAAACAUCAUGUCUGUUUCACAUCAUAGCAUAACUAGGGUAUUUUACUUGGCCAAGACAAACAUCAUUUUUUUCUUCUGUUUGUUUUUAAAAAAAGGAGAAAGUGAUUAGAUUCUUUAAGACUAAUAGUUGUGCAGUAUUUUUUUUUUAUUUUUCCUGUGUUAGAAGUUGUUGUAAAUGAACUGUUAAAUGCCUGAAAGGUAUUAGCAAAUAAAUCUUAUAAAUGCUUAUUAUUGAAAGGUUAUGGUUAACUAUACUGUGUUGAUAUCUCGCCCCACAUAUUCUGUACAGUACUUUUAUUGCUCAAUUGGUGCCUCAUGUAUUCCCUGAUAUUUUUUGUAAAAUCCUUGUUAUGGUUCCUUAAAAUACUAUAUGUAGUAUAAUAGGGUAAAAAUUCAGGUUUAUAUCUGCAAUAAUAAUUGAGAAAAAGGCAAAAUUUCUUAUAAAUACAGUGGUACCUCGGAAUAUGAUCAACUCCCUACUCGAACAAAGCUCAGCCCUUGACCUAACAAAUAAGACAUGCCAAAACUUCGCUGUCAAUUAUUUCAUGUUUCUUCACAUUUUUUGGUGUGUUUUUGUAUUGUAUAAAUAAGUCACCAUGGGGCCUACGACAAUUAGUGAUAACAGCAAACCAAACAGAAAAUUGGUUAGGAAGAACUUGUUCGAUACUCAAACGGGGUGGCACUCGAACAGCCUUCUGGAAUGAAUUAAACCUUUCAGGGUUUCCGACGUACUAGUACGGCUUAUGCACCAGGGUUUUUGACGUACUAGUACGCCUAAAUUCUAGCGCCCUCAAAUCUAGUGCGAGAAAGCUGGUAGGCCUACAUAUGAAAGAAUGGGUUUAUGUAGGUCAGUGUGCACAGUAUAAAAAAAAUCCUGCAGCACACAGUGAGUAAUGAGAAAAAAAAACUUUGACGGCGUUUAAAACAGCGACUUUGCACUGUAUUUUCGUAUGGUAUUUAUGAUGGUAUCCUAGUUUUCUUGGUCUUAUUUUAUAGAAUGGAAGACAUAUUACAGAAAUUGAGACGAUUUUGAUUGGUUUUACAAUGAAAAGUACCUUGAAAUUGAGCUCAAAGUAGCAGAAAUCUUCGAUUUUUGCCAAAGUUCAAAAGUAAACAAAUCAUGCUACGCGUCCAAUACACGUCAACUGGUGAGUCUAAUAUUCUUUCACAAGUGCACUGAUAUUAUUUAUACCAUUUCUACACUAAUGCAGUAGUCUGCAUAACAGUAAAUCUUUCUAUUUUUUGUGAGAAAAA